AUGAAGUUCACCCUGCUAUCCGGCGCCAUCCUUUUGGCUGCUACCGCAACCGCUAACUCCAGUCUUCCGGACAAACUUCAAGUAGGAGUCAAAUACAGACCUACAGUAUGCGAGGAUAAAUCUCAAGCCGGAGACCUUUUGUCCAUGCAUUAUACUGGUACUCUUGCCGACGGUAAGAAAUUCGAUAGCUCUUUAGACCGGGGCCAACCUUUUGAGUUUACACUCGGAACGGGCCAAGUAAUCAAAGGAUGGGACAAAGGAUUAAGAGAUAUGUGUGUUGGUGAGAAACGUAAGCUCAAAAUCCCCCCCUCGGAUGGAUACGGGGAGAGUGGUGCUGGUGGAACUAUUCCUCCCAACGCUCAUUUGAUCUUUGAGGUGGAACUGUUGGAGAUCAAAGGGCCUAGAGCUGCUGCUUUCAAGGCUCAGAAGGGUCAUUCCGACCUCUAA